CAUUCAACGCUAACACACACGCGGCUGUAAACAUCAUCUCAACAAAAUGAAAUUCAUCAUUGUAUUCGCUGCUCUUUUCGCCCUUACCAUGGCCAACAAAGAUGCUGAAAUUUUGCACUACGAAAACAAUGUUGAACCCGAAAACUUCAGCUACUCUCUGCAGACCAGUGAUGGCAAGACUGCCGAAGAACAAGGACAUCUUGAAAAUGCUGGCACCGAAGACGAAGCCAUUUCGGUACGUGGAUCUUACUCUUACAUUGGUGAUGAUGGCCAAACCUAUCAGGUCAACUACAUUGCCGACAGAAACGGUUUCCAACCUCAAGGUGCUCACAUUCCAGUUGCUUAAGUAGCUGAGUAAAUACACAAAGAAUAGACUGUUAUUAGAUGUAAAUAUUUUAUAGAAUUUUUGUUGAUUUAUAAUUUCUUUUGUUUUUGUUUACCUUUUUUAUUUUUAUUUAAAUUUUAAAGAAAUAAAAUAAAUAAUAAUAAUUAUGAUACAUAAA